AUGUCUGUUCGUUCUUCAUCCAUUCUAUUAUUAGUACUAUUACUAAUUAUUAUUAAUCUACAUGAAUUACAUGCACAACAAUUUCAAACUUCUUGUCCUUAUAUUCGUACAUCUGUAAUAGUAUCUGAUUGUGUAUUUGAUACUGGUCUUUAUUUAUCACUUGGUGCACGAAUAUUUAAUACACGUUCUAUUGAUUUUGUUGGUCACUAUUCACUUGAUUCCAUACCAGUAUUACCGGUUCAAAAUAAAUUAAAUACGGAACCAAUUAAUACACUUGUUUAUAAUCUAAGUGGAACAUUUGUCUCUAUUGUGCCAUUAAUAUUAAAUUGUCCACGUUUACCAGAAAAUAUUAUAUUUACAGAAUGUCAAUAUACAACUAUUAAACUUAAAUCUUCAAAAAUGAGACAACAAUCAGAAUAUGUUAGAGCACAAUUGAGUAUAUUAAAUGUUACAGAUCUUGGAAUACGUUCUGUCUUAUUUUUACAACCAGGUGAAAUAGCACUUCAAUCAUGCAAAGCAUAUGAUUGUGAUAAUCAACGUGCCUAUUUAACCGCCUCAAAUGAAACAUUUGACAUGUCAAUUCGUUAUGAAAAACCCGUAGAUUCUGUUUGUCAACUUACCGAAGAUUGUAGUUCCGUCAUAGAUUUAGUUCAUUGUUCUACACUUACACACACGUGUCAAUGUAAUAAUCAAAAUACAUCAAUUGUCGAUUUUAAUCAUUUGGGAAGAUAUUGUGUUGACUCUAUUACACAGUCAAAUUGUACAAAAUUUUCACGAAGAUGUUUAAAAUAUUGUGAUUCUAGUCAAACGCCCCAUUGUCUUUGUCCACCGAUAUUGACACGAAAAGUACGAAAAACAAAUGGACUAUACGAUUGUGAAUUAGAACGAGAUUCAUCAUGUACAGUUAAUGAUCAAAUUGCAAAAUGUCCAACAGGAACCUAUUGUGACGGCGUGAGAUGUCGUACCACAGUCUCAUUCGGUUCUAUUAGCCAAGACAAUGUCACAUUCUAUAGACGUACAUCGCCACCAACACUACAUGAACAAAAUCUAUUAUCAUCAACAGCAGACAUUAAAUCUCAUCGAUUUCGAAUUGCAUCAGCAUCCACAUACAGUGAAAAUAAGUCAACAAUUCCCACACCAACGCAAUCAUCUAGUCAAUAUAAAAACCAACGAAGUUUAUAUAAAAUUCCAAAUACACCACCACCAUCAUCUUCUAAUAAUUAUCCCGAUUCAUUAUCCACAGUGUCAACAAUUGUCAAUGGUCAAUCAACACCAUUUUGUCGCUACAAUCUACCAACUUCAUUUGACAAUUAUAUGAGUACAAAUACUGGUGGUUUAUUGCCGCAAUCUCAGUUAUCACCAAGAUUUCACCGUCAAACAACCACAACAUCACAACUACGUUCACUCAAUGUACCACCACCAAUUCGAACACCAUCAUCGACAAGAAUAAUGAUGUUUCCCGAUCAUACAAAUAUAUUAUCAAAACAUCUACCGCCAACAAGAAUAGUAACAAAUAAUUAUCAUCAAACAACGACAAUGAGAAAAAAUAACUCAACAAUGCCAAUUGUUACACGUUUACAAAAUGGUGAUGUACUCAUUUCAGCCUGA